UCCCUUUCGAUGGUGGUUUAUCAUUACCAUUAUCGUUAUCUGAUCGCUAUGGGCGGUUUGACAGAGUGACAGCGGUCGGAGUGCCGCAGGGAGAUCUGCCUCGUUCCUCGGGGAUUCAACGAUUUUAUCAGAAAGAGCUUUCAUCUGUGGGAAUUUGACAUUUUACGUCUCACACUACUAGUACCUUUACUACUUACCCUGCGAUUCACUCAUUCAAUCGCCCCAAAUAUUCCCCAAUUCAUUUGAGGAACUUCCCAGCCUCCACUAGACUGAAAACCCCCUUAAAUAUUACUUGUAAAUCCCAGGAAUCUGUGCACCCGAAAUUUCUGAGAACCAAUGGAUCGAAAAAUGUCCAACUGUCGAACUAAAAAUGCAAAUAUUCAUCAAAAAUCCCGGUGGCAUUUAAUCCAAGAAAUUUCCGAGAACGAAUUCGUCAAAAAAAUUUCUACACCGCUGCAGCCGAAGACUGUUGCUGUCUCUAACCCGAGCUAUCUAUGUAAACCCAUGAAGGACGAAGCUACGAGGUCGUCCCAUGAGUAGGGGAAUACCUCCAUGAGGCCGGUUGUUAGCCCCUCGUCGUCAGUAAUAUCCUAGUAAGAGCAAUAAUAGUAGCCGACUGGCUCCACCUGAGAGUGGGAUAUUUUCUCGCUGUGAUACUGCCCACCAAAGGCCCACCACCAUUCUGAGGAGUCUCAAUUCUCCCACCACAAACUCAACCAUCUACCUGUCUCCAAUAAAGAUACAGAUUGACAUACUAUUAUAUAUUUUUUCCCCCCUGGAUUUCACUAUUUUUCUCUCCAGUCGAUCAAAAUGGCUCAGCCACUGGAUAAAAAACGAAUCGGCCAGUCUCCCUGGGUCUCAUCGUUGUGACAACCAUCAGUUCACCAAUGACUCUGGAUACUGUUGUCUCCAGUAUCAUUGGCCUCACUCUACAAUACCCCAUAAAGUAUACGAGGAGUGGAGGCAGAGGAGGAGUAGACGAAGAAGACGCAGAAGGAGAAGAGUCGAGGACGAGAGUGGAAACGCCACUGAGUAUUUCUGACCCCUCCGGAGUCGUCGUUGACCAGUCUGGGUGAUCGCAGGCCACUGAGAGCCUCUUCAAUACCGGAGGACCUGCACUUGGUCCAUUGGAGACAAAAGCUGACUCAUUGCCACGCUUGUAUCACCCCAAGGAGAUAUCGCAUCGCCAUUAAAACUUCGGGAAAGAGAAAUGGUUAAAGGAACAAAAAUGACAAAAACCAAACUGGUUCCACCAGACGGUGGAUGGGGUUGGGUUGUCCUGAUAUCAGCCCUUUCCGUCAACUUCCUCAUCCCUGGCACCGUCAAAUCCUUCGGUGUUCUCUUUGUCGAGUUUCUCCAGGUCUUCAAGGCUUCACCCACUUCAGCGUCGUGGAUGCCCGCCCUCUGCUACUUCCUCUACAGUUCACUCGGACCACUAUCCAGCGUACUCUCCAUGAAAUAUUCCUACAAAACGGUUACGCUAAUAGGCGGUGCCUUUGCCGCCAGUGGAAUGAUGCUCAGCUACUUCGCUACUUCCGUGUCCUAUCUCUACGUCAGCUAUGGAGUUAUGGUGGGCAUAGGUGCUGGUCUGACCUUCCCCCCAACAGUCUACAUCGUGACCGCCUACUUCGAGAGACUCCGUGGUUUUGCAACAGGACUUUGCAUAUCCGGAAGUGCCAUUGGAACAAUCGUCCUCCCCCCCUUCCUGCAGUUUCUUCUGAAUCACUUUGGUCACAGAGGCGCAGUAUUGAUUAUGGGUGCAAUUACGUUGAAUACACUUGUGUGCGCGUUUCUUUAUCAUCCGGUGGAGGAGCACAUGAAGGAAGUGGCCAUUGAUGGAAUAGACAAUGAGGCGUUGAAUCUGGAGGAGAGCGAGUCAACAAAGUCCCCCCAAAUGAUGAUAGAAACCAUCAACGAAAUCAAGCCCGCUAAUUCAUCGGGUCAUGAUCACCUCGACGACCUCUCCAAAGAGUUGGAGCGCAAGCUGACAACACCGCAAGCCCCCCUGGAGCCAGCGGCAAACAAAGACCCCGAGGCCCCGAUUCCCGAGAAACCAGAAGUCACAGAGACGAGCGAAAAGCCUCCGGAGGAAUCCAACGCAACUUCCAUCACCUGCGAGGUUGGUAACAUCAAGGUCAUCACCCCAGGUGUCAUCGCAACCCCUCCCCUGAGCCGCACGAACUCAGCGAGAAAGAGCGCGAGACCCGGCUUCCACUUGUCCCGUCAGCACAGCAUUGUUUCCGAAAUGGGACCGAUAGCCUUGACCCCUCGGAUGAACGUCCCGAGUAUGUUCCGACGAUUAUUCAAGACUCAGGAGCGCAAGAAGCGACGAUCGAAGACAAUCAACAAGUCCGAAGCCCCCGAGGUGAGGAAGGAGUCCUCGUCUCGGAAGAAUUCAAACACCUCCGACAGCUCGAGCACAGAGAGCACCAGCUCAGCGAAGAACUUCUUCGACCUGAGUGUCCUGAGGGACCCCAUCUACCUCGUCAUCUUGAUAUCCAACUCGACGUCGGCAAUCAGCAACACCAACUUCAUGAUUCUCCUGCCCUCAUACGCCAUCUCCGAGGGCUUCGACAGAAAUUCCGCGGCUCUGCUGUUGUCCAUCGUUUCCGCGUUGGACCUGGUUGGAAGGAUUGGUGGUGCUUCGCUGUCUGACAUUGAUUUUAUACCAAAGUAUUACUACUUCGUGGGGGGAUUGGGCCUCAGUGGAAUAGCCCUUGCCCUCCUCCCCAUGGCCACCACCUACACGAUGCUGUCCUUCUUCUGCGCCCUGUUCGGACUGUCCUCUGGGAUGUACAUCGGCAUCACCACGGUCAUCCUGGCGGACAUGCUGGGGACGGAGAAGCUCAGUUCGUCUUAUGGAAUUUCCCUGUUCGUUAAUGGGGUCCUUCAGCUGAUAGGGCCACCCGUUUGCGGAGUGAUUUAUGAACAGGUUGGCACCUACAAGCCGAUCUUCCUGGCUUUUGGAAUUAUUCUCAUACUGGGGACCGCUCUCUGGGCUGCCGUCCCCAUCAUCAGGAGGAACAAGAAGGAGAUCGACGUCGCUUGACGAUGAUUUAAGAGAUUUGAUUGCACUCUGCCAUAUGGAAGUUAACUCAUCUUAUUAUCGUAUUAUUCGUUUCAUUAUUACACUCUCGACGUUAAUAUCAUUUGUAUUUAUGUCUAGUCAUGUAUGUUAAGGAUUUGUACAAAAAGGAAUGGAGGAGGCACUCCACCCGGUGCCUCUACUGCUCAAGGUUAGUCCGUCCAUUACUGGGGGGAAAAUUAAAAUGGAACUUCUGGGGAUUUAGAAAGAAAUUUUGUCCGUACUUAAGAGUAGAUGGUCUCGACAUCCUAUGGGUUUUCAAAAAUUAUUCAUAAUUAUAUGUUUUGAAUCAUACGUGUGACCGGGAAAAUUUUUGCAAAUAAAAAAAACAAUUACAGAUGUAAUUCUCAUUACUCAUGUGUCCUCUGUACUCAAUGCCACUCAUCAGAGGCCAUCCAUUAAUAAUUUCGCGGAUGAAGAUGGACCCUAACGACAAUUUGAUGAUAAGUUUAUUUUUAUUCUUCAUUAUUAUGUAUUCCUGCACUGGUAUGACUCAUGUAGAGUAAUCAUAAUUAAGAUGUAACGUGACAAUUGAUAAUGAAUAUUGUGAUUGUAUGAAAUGAAUCAGUCGUACAUGUCAAAAUGAAUGAAAUGAUUUUAUUCCCUAGUUUAUCCGAUAAGUCUUCAAUUCUCAAUUUUAUACAUUUACAAUGAGAAGGAUGAAUGAAAAAACGAAUAAACCGAAUGUAUUACUGCGUUUCCAAUAA